AUGUCAGAGCAGAUUGCGGCCAAGGCAGGGGCUGCCAGAUCCCUGGAAGACAUCUGUCGGGAUUAUCAGUCAUCGCUGGAAGACCUGACUUUCAAUAGCAAACCGCACAUCAAUAUGUUGACCAUUGUAGCUCAGGAGAACCUGCCCUUCGCCAAGGAGAUCGUCUCUCUCAUUGAGGCCCAAACGGCCAAGGCUCCUUCCUCAGAGAAGCUUCCUCUUCUGUACCUUAUGGAUUCUAUUGUGAAAAACGUUGGAAAAGAGUAUCUCACUGCCUUUACUAAAAAUCUAGUUGCAACAUUUAUCUGUGUGUUUGAAAAGGUGGAUCGAAAUACAAGAAAAAGUUUAUUUGAAUUACGUUCCACAUGGGAUAAAAUAUUCCCUUUGAAGAAACUUUAUGCCUUAGAUGUCAGAGUCAAUUCAUUAGAUCCUGCUUGGCCUAUUAAACCUCUGCCCCCUAAUGUGAAGAUAUCUAGCAUCCAUAUGACUCCCAAAUUUUUAAAUAAAUCACCUGAGGAGCCUUCAGCACCUGGUACAGUGGUCAGCUCCCCCAGUAUUUCCACUCCCCCAAAUGUACCUCAUGUACAGAAGAAUCUUACUCAAGAACAACGAAUAAGGCAAGAGAUACUUGAAAAACAAAAACAGUUGUUAGAACUUCAGCAGAAAAACCUGGAGCUUCAGAAGCAGAAAGAGGAGCACAUAAAAUCAUCUGAACACAGGCUGAUUGGAAGUAGAAGUGAAAUCAUAAAUGGCAUUGCGCAAACACAGGGCAUGGUUAAAGAAGAAUUAGAAAAACAGGAGACAAAACCAGGGAGAUCAAGUUCUCAAAAGAGAUCAAGAUCGAGGUCACCUCAGUCUUGGUCACCCAAAGGAAAGCAAAGAAGUAUGUUUUCAACAUUGGCCCCCAAAGCUGGAAAGACAGAUCAGUCAGGACUUACACAGUUACAUAUGGAAGAGUUCCCAGCACCUUCUAGGGAAGAAAGAAAUGUUAAAAGAAGUACUAAGCAGGAUGUUCGAGAUCCCAGACUGCUGAAAGAGAUGCAUGAAGAUCGGCCUGAAGAAACUGCAAGUAAACGUUCUAUGAAGUCAGAUUCUGAGCCAAAAGAGAAUAUAGAGAAUUGGCAAAGCUCCAAGUCUGCCAAAAGAGGGAAAUCUGGUUGGGAAGAAAGUCAAAGCUUCCAAUAUUGUGAUGAACAUAGUAAAGCACCUCAUCUAAGGCAUAGGGAUGGCCGGUCAAGCACUAAAGGAAUCUUGUCACCUCGAACCCCAAAGCAGCACCAUCAACCAAGGGUAGAUGCCAAUCUUCAGAUUCCUAAAGAGUUAACACUUGCAAGCCAGAGAGAAUUCCUUCAAAAGACGAGUGAACGUUUAGCUUCUGGUGAAAUUACACAGGAAGAAUUCCUUGGUGUUGUGCAUCAAAUUGGACAGCUCUUUCAGGAUCAAGAAGGUGGAGGAGAGGAGCAGAGAUCUCCAUUCAAUGGUUAUUUUCCACUUAAGCGACCUAGAUAUGAAGAUUCAGAUAAACCAUUUGUAGAUGGCCCAGCAUCAAGAUUUGCUGGCCUUCAAACAAAUCAGCAGCUUACAGCUUUAGCUGUAGACCGACCAUUAUUUGAUGGGCUUGGUAGGCCCUCUGUGAGGAGAGAUGUCCCAGCCAAGAUGAUUUUUGAAGGCCCAAAUAAAUUAAGCCCUAGAAUGGAUGCACCUCCUACACCGGGUUCUGUUUGUUUUGAUGGGUCACCAGGACAAAUGAGGGGAGGAGGCCCUAUGAGAUUCGAAGGACCACAAGGUCAGUUAGGAGGUGGGGGCCCUUUGAGAUUUGAAGUUCCUCUAGGACCAGUAGGAACAACUCUGCAGUGUGAAGGGACAAUUGGUCACGGAGGAGAAAGAGACAGUAUUCAAUCUGAGGGUUCACCUAGUGUGAGUUUCGAGGGAUCUACAGGUGGUGUGCCAUUUGAAGGACCCGGGGGUAAGCCUGUGGGUGGUCUGAGGUCUCAGGGCCCUCAUGGACAGCCUGUAGCCAGUCCAAGAUUUGAUAAUCCUCAAUGUCAGCCUGUAGGUGGAUUUAGAUUUGAGGGGGGUCAUGGUCUAUCAGGGGAUGAAAUUAGGUUUGAUGGGUCUCAUGAUCAGCCAGGUGGUGCUAUCAGAUAUGAGGGCCCUUUGCUACAGCAAGGAGUUGGAAUGAGGUUUGAGGGUCCCCAUGUUCAGACUGUAGCUGGUCUAAGAUUGGAAGGACAUAAUCAACUAGGUGGGAACCUUAUGUCUGAGGGACCACAUGGCCAACCAGGGCUUGGGAUCAGGUUUGAAGGACCUUUAGAUCAACAGAAAGUUGGAUUGAGUUUUAAGCGUCCUGUACGAGGAGGUGGCCUGAGAAUUGAAGCACCUCUGGGUCAAGGUGGUCCAAGAUUUGAAGGUUGUCACUCUCUAAGGUUUGAUGGACAGCCAGGUCAGCCAUCACUUUUGACAAGAUUUGAUGGAUUACAUGGCCAGCCGGGUCCUAGAUUUAAAAGAACUGGUCAGCCAGGUUCACAGAGAUUUGCUGUGCCACCUGGACAGCAGGUUCAACCGAGAUUUGAUAGUGCACCUCAAAGAUUUGAUGGGCCACAACAGCAGCAAGCAUCAAGAUCUGACAUUCCUCUUGGUCUACGAGUUACCCAACAAGACAAUCAUUCCUCACAAAGGCUUGACUCUUUCAAUCAGACUAGCCCAUAUAAUGACCCACCUGGCAAAGCUUUGAAUGUUCCAUCUCCAAGACUACAAUACCAAAGACAUGAACAAAUAUUUGAUACACCUCGAGGACCCAAUUUUAAUGGACCUCAAAGCCCUGGAAACCAGAAUUUCUCAAAUGCCCUUAACAGAGCUUCAGGACAUUAUUUUGAUGAAAAGAAUCUUCAGAGUUCUCAGUUGGGAAACUUGGGCACUUUACCUAGUCCAAUGUCAGUAGGACAUAUUCAGACAUCUCAACAGGUUCUGACUGGUGUUGCUCAGCCAGUAGCAUUUGUCCAAGGACAACAGUUUUUACCAGUUCAUCCACAGAAUGCUGGAGCUUUUAUUCAAAAUCCUUCAGGAGGUCUUCCUAAGGCAUAUCCCGAUCAUCAUCUCAGUGAGGUGGAUGUACAUGAAUUGUUUUCAAAACUGCUAAAAGCAGGAAUUCUCAAAUUGUCACAGCCUGAUUCAACUGCAAUACAGGAAAAGGAGGCUGAUGCUCAGCCUCCCUCUGAAGAGGUAAAGGAUCAGAAUGAAGAUCAAGAUGUUCCAGAUCUCACUAACUUUAAAACUGAAGAAUUGAAACAUCGUUAUGACAGUAUCAUAAACCGGCUGUACAUGGGGAAUCAGUGUUCUUCUUGUGGAAUGAGGUUUCUGACAUCUCAGAGAGAUGUUUAUGCAGAUCACUUGGACUGGCAUUAUCAGCAAAAUAGAACUAAGAAAGAUGUUAGCAGAAAGGUCACUCAUAGACGUUGGUACUGCAGUUUAAAGGACUGGAUAGAAUUUGAAGAAAUAGCUGAUCUGGAAGAACGUGCAGAACACCAGUGUUUUGAAAAGGUUCAUAAAGACAUUGUCCAAAAAUCUCAGGAGGCUUCUAAAGCAAAGGAGUUCCAAAGUGUCCCUGCUGGACCAUUUGGAGCACUUGAGAGUUGUGAAAUUUGUCAAGAACAAUUUGAACAGUACUGGGAUGAAGAGGAGGAGGAAUGGCACUUAAAGAAUGCUAUUGGAGUAGACGGAAAGAUUUACCAUCCAUCGUGUUAUGCAGAUGACCAAAAUACAUCUUCUUUUGAUUUUAAACCAUCUGCCAUGAAGACACCAGUUGAAAACCCUUGGAACAUUAUGUUGAACACUGUCAAAAAGGAUUUGCAAGAACCCUGUGAAAGUCUCAAAGUUAAGGAAGAGCAAACUGAUGCCCCACCAGCCUGUUCAGAAGAAAGUAUAGCAACACCCACUGACAUUAAAACAGAAAAUGAUACAGUUGAGUCAGUUUAA